GGAACAUGGAUAUAAGUAGUGGAGUUUGCCAUCAGAUCACUACAGCUUGCUAAUAACCAGUAAAGCAGCAGGACUAGACUAAACUAUCGUUGCCUUGCCUCAGCCUGGAUCAAACAGCAGUAUAUCUACGCAUGACGUGUUAUUUCUGAUUCAAGCCUGGUUGCUUCAAUAUUCUAUUUCUGUGUUCUUUGCCAGUUUUCAGUGAUAUCGCUUAAUUCUACCGAACAAAAAAGAGCUCUUACACCUAAGACAGUAACAGCAGCACCUGCGUUUGCAGUUUUGGAUAGCGUUAGGCCCACAAAAUUCACAUAAAAUGGAGAAGCACAUUAUCUUUGCGUUAGUCAUCCUGGUCUUGACCAUCGUGGUGCCCAGUAUGAUCUUAGCGGCCCCGACCUUCCUAGAGAAGCUUAUGGAUGUCAACAACCCUGACCAAGAUGACCAAGCCUUCGCGGCUGCAGUACAGAACCUGGACAAACGCGACGUAGGCCGAAUUGACGAUGACCAAGGUUUUGCGCUGUCCCAAGAGAUCCGUGAGAGGAGGUCUUCAAGGAUGGUCAACCGUUGCAUGACGACCUGCUGGGUCUGCAUUAAGGCCUUCCACAAAGACGCCAUCCAGCUUGGGGAAUGCUUCGCCGGUUGCUCAGGCAAACCCACCACCAAAAUGCUCAACAACCCCCUUGAAGCACAGUCAUGGUCAACAUGCCAAAGGAACUUUCUCUCUGGGCACUGAUGAUUUAAAAAAGACUCUUUUCAUGAAACAAACCUGGAUGGCACUCUGAUCUAUGGCAGCUACAUAAACUAUUGCCAUCCAAUUAUAUACCUUUACUUUCCUAGUGACCCAUAAUAUUUUCAAAUAGUGUUGCUAAAAUAAAGUGUGUGUGGUUAUGUUUGCUAAACAUUAAUGCCUCAAUCCAUGCAAAAAUCUAUUGGACUUACAAGCCUACUUGUAAAAUAGCAAUGUCGUUCUAUUUGCAUGAAAUAGCAGCAUGUUUUCUAAUUCUGCUUCCCUGUGGACAAAAUAGGCAUUCUUAGUAAGGGGCAUUUAUAAAUGAAGUGUUGAUGCACCAAAUACCACAUCACAUCAUCACUAACACAAGAUAAAAUGAUUUCAUUCAUAAUCCAUCCCUUAUAUAAGGAGAUGUUUCAAAUAAAAUUGUAAAAUUUAUUAUUCAUUAUCAAAUGUUUGUUGUGGGAUUUUUAAACUGUAUAUACAUUUAUCCCUUGAAAAAGGCUAUUACCUUGAAAUGACAUAAAAUGAAUAAAUAAAGUACCAUAAUUAUUGUCACAAAGAUGUAUUUUGGUUGUCUACCUACAAAAAAAUAAAUCACUAUUUUGUUUAAAAUGUAAAUAGUGAUCAGCUUUGAUAUUUAUAUGCUUAAUAUACCCGUUCCAAAUAUGAUUCACUCUCCAAACCUUUCCAUCUCGAUAACAGAAAAAUCUCAAGUGUGCAAAGCAUCAACUUUUUAAAAAUGAUUUCUUAAUUUUUUGUUUAUAGAAGACCAGAUGAGAAAGGCAGAGAGACAGGGUAUACUUAAGAAUAACAAGUACAGUCCAAUUUUGUAAAGCCACAAUUUAAUUUGUCUGUCUGGUACAACCUUGCCUAUGGAAUUGCCCAAACGAUUUACCCAUAUACUUUACAUUUUUUCUGGUUUUAAAUGCAUUAGCUGUAUAGAAUUGAAUGAAGAUAUAUCUAUUUAUUAUUGUAUAUAGUGUAAAAAGGUGAAUUCUUAGUUGGUAUUUUUAUUUGUCCUUUGAAGUCAUAACAGUGAAUAAUGAAAAUUGCAAAGGAAACAAAAAGAAUAUUCAUCUUCAUAAUUGACGAAGAUGUCCUUCUGCCCAACACCCACACACCCAUGUACCAAAAACUGCCAAGUCGGUAAAGCCUCCAAUAAUCAAUCUCUCCUUUCAGUGAUGUUAUGUAGUACUAGUGGUAGAAUUAUGAAUUUAAAAGCCACAUGAAUUGAAAUGAUAUUCAGAGGAUACCUUGCUAACUUUUGGAUAAAAGCUGUAUUCAAGAUUUAAAAACAGAAACUGCACACA